GUGGCGGGCUGGGAUCAGCCUUUAAGAUGGCGUCUCCUCAGGGGGGCCAGAUUGCGAUCGCGAUGAGGCUUCGGAACCAGCUCCAGUCAGUGUACAAAAUGGACCCGCUACGGAACGAGGAGGAGGUCCGAGUGAAGAUCAAAGAUCUGAAUGAACAUAUCGUUUGCUGUCUGUGCGCUGGCUACUUCGUGGAUGCCACCACCAUCACAGAGUGUCUUCAUACUUUCUGCAAGAGUUGUAUUGUAAAGUACCUUCAAACCAGCAAAUACUGCCCCAUGUGCAACAUCAAGAUCCACGAGACACAGCCACUGCUCAACCUCAAACUGGACCGGGUCAUGCAGGACAUUGUGUACAAGCUAGUGCCUGGCUUGCAAGACAGUGAAGAGAAACGGAUUCGAGAAUUUUACCAGUCCCGAGGCUUGGACAGGGUCACCCAGCCCAGUGGGGAAGAGCCAGCCCUGAGCAACCUCGGCCUCCCCUUCAGCAGCUUUGACCACUCUAAAGCACACUACUAUCGCUAUGAUGAGCAACUGAGCCUGUGCCUAGAGCGACUAAGUUCCGGCAAAGACAAGAAUAAAAAUGUCCUACAGAACAAGUAUGUCCGAUGUUCUGUUAGAGCUGAGGUACGCCAUCUCCGAAGGGUUCUGUGUCACCGAUUAAUGCUCAAUCCACAACAUGUACAGCUCCUUUUUGACAAUGAAGUUCUCCCAGAUCACAUGACAAUGAAGCAGAUAUGGCUGUCCAGAUGGUUUGGCAAGCCAUCCCCUUUGCUUUUACAAUACAGUGUGAAAGAGAAGAGGAGGUAGGGGUCAAGCUCCUACCCAUCCCUUUCCCCUUCCCUUCCCAGAUAUUUAUGUGAAAUUAACUGUGGCUUUAUUUUUUGAAAUAAAAGCUUUUAAAAAGCA